CCACCGUCCCCCGGGUGACAGGCCAAGCCGGCCUCCUCCGAGUCUCUAGUAGUUUCGGUGCAGCUGACGCAGGCCUGCGCGCACAGCUGGGCCGGCGGCGUCCUACGCAGCAGCCGCGAGCCCCGCAGCGGGUGCCAGACGGUUCCCGGCGGGUUGCAGGGGCGGGGCACCGCAGGAGCCCGAGGACUCUGGGAGGAGGAGCCCCACGGAAGCCAGCCUGACUGCCGACGAGUUGCCAUGGCAUCCUACUACGAGAUCCUAGACGUGCCGCGAAGUGCGUCCGCUGACGACAUAAAGAAGGCGUAUCGGCGGAAGGCUCUCCAGUGGCACCCAGACAAGAACCCAGAUAAUAAGGAAUUUGCUGAGAAGAAGUUCAAGGAGGUGGCCGAGGCAUAUGAAGUGCUGUCAGACAAGCAUAAGCGAGAGAUCUAUGACCGUUAUGGCCGGGAAGGGCUGACGGGAGCAGGAAGUGGCCCAUCCCGGGCGGAGGCCGGCAGUGGUGGGCCCGGCUUUACCUUCACCUUCCGCAGCCCCGAGGAGGUCUUCCGGGAGUUCUUCGGGAGUGCAGACCCUUUUGCAGAGCUCUUUGAUGACCUGGGCCCCUUCUCAGAGCUUCAGAAUCGGGGUGCACGACACACAGGCCCCUUCUUCACCUUCUCUUCUUCCUUCCCUGGGCACUCUGAGUUCUCCUCCUCGUCUUUCUCCUUCAGUCCUGGAGCUGGUGCUUUUCGCUCUGUUUCCACAUCCACCACCUUUGUCCAGGGACAUCGCAUCACCACACGCAGAAUCAUGGAGAACGGGCAGGAACGGGUGGAAGUGGAGGAGGACGGGCAGCUGAAGUCGAUCACAAUCAAUGGUGUUCCGGACGACCUGGCCCUGGGCUUGGAGCUGAGCCGGCGUGAGCAGCAACAGUCCGUCGCCUCCAGACCUGGAGGCACGCAGGUGCAGCAGACCCCGGCCCCCCGCCCUGACCACGACCUCUCCGAGGACGACGAGGACCUGCAGCUCGCCAUGGCCUACAGCCUGUCCGAGAUGGAGGCGGCUGGGAAGAAACCGGCAGAUGUGUUCUGAGCUGGAUGUCCGGGAUCCAGAGUCGAUGCACAGUUCCAACAGGACAGCGCCCUCCCCUGUGCGCUGGGAGGGGACCCUCCAUUCCUCUCCCUCACCUGUGCUAAGCAUAGAGCCGGGCCUGGAUGGUGGGUGGGAGCCGGGUGGGAGGCGGCAGUAGUCUUAGCCUAUAAACUCUUCACUGGGUGUUUGGUGCUGUCUCUUGGGGACUACUAGUCCCAGAAUGCAACACACCCUGCCUCAUUUCUGAUAGAUCGGGCUUGUGGGAAGUGGUGUGUGGUUAUGGAGCUGUGCAUCUUGGGACAUGUAGUUCCAGCCCAGGUCAGCCUGUCACUCACUGUGCGAUGGGAAGAUCUUAGUUAUCCUCUGAGUCGUCCCUGGUAGGGGUGAUGAGAAUGUGGAUGAAGGGGCAAUGGUCCGAGCCUCCAUUUCCCUGACACCUGUUGCUAGCGCCGAGGUUAGAGAGGUUGCGUGUACAGAUGAAGGCCCCGUGGCAUCUGGGAGCAGCUCUUCUCCUGUGGGCAGUGCUGGGCUCUGAGGAACAAGCUGGGAUGGGAUCACCAAAAAGCUGAUGGGUGCGGACUGGCGGAGAGCUUGCAGGGCAGGGCCCUCUGGGACGUGUGUGCGCGUCUGUGUCCGGGACUGGCAUGCAAUGGGCACUCCAGGCAUGUUGCUGCUUGUGUGGCUUCUCUGGCCGCUGCCCCUGCAGCCCGUUCUCUCUCCAGCACCACAGCCGAGCCGCCUCUCCUCCUCCCUGCCCGGGGAGCCCAGGGGCCGGGGAGGGGAGGGCGGCGCCAGGGCAUUGCCAGACCCCGUGACACGGCGUCUCGGAGACCCCUUGAAGCCAGCGGGGCCGAGCGCACACCAGAGGGAAACACUGGAAGCCAAUAAAGCUGAGUUUCGAGAGCUCGGCGGGACCCUCUGUGCUGUGUUCUUCCUUCCAGGGUGGCCCGGGGACCUACGGGACCGGUGGCUGACACACCUCCCUUUCUUGCCCAAACAUCUAGAGAUCGUGAGCCUGCCUAGCCAAUGGCAGACGUCCCCUCUUUGACCGGGCUGCCCCCACCCCACCCCCCCGUAUGUUGUGGAGCCCCAAGAAAUGCUCACGUUCUUCUGCCCUCACCCCCUGGGGCCCCACAAACGGCUUUCCUGAGACAGCUGUGGUCCCCUCACGGGGGGACCCACUGCCCAGUACUCCGCAGCAGCGAGGACCUGACUAGAGAAUGACUUGACCGAAAGCACGGGGACAGCCGAAAGCAAGGAACUGCAGGAAAAUGCACAUAGACUCACCUCUUCCCGGGUCUCCUCGGCCCAGAGCCAGUGGCGCGUCUCAGAGGCCCGUCUCCCCCCGUGGAGUGGUACAAGUCCGUGCCCCUCAGGGUCCAGGCCCCCAGCUCGCCAGGACCCAGGGAGGAGAAAGCUGGGUACCGCUCCUGGUCUCCAGAUCCCUGUAGAGGUGCCCCUGCGGCCACAGGGCAAGCACCUUUCCAUUGCCGAGCAGGGCAGCCCAGCUCCCCCGCCAACCUCCUCUCCCACUCCAGGGCAAAUGCUUGCCCUCAUCUUCAAGGGCUAAAGGGCCUACAGUGUGUGUUUCUCAAAGCAAGGAAGCGGCCUGCCCUGAAAGAAGACCUUCAAGCCUCUGUCUUAGAGAGAGGGGAUUUGCUGAAGUCGGUGCGGUGGCUGUUUUGACAAACUUCUGGCCUUUGAGAGGUCAGACAUGCUGGAAUUGGAUGCACCUGAACUGAGAUCGGGUCGGGCGUGGAGGACCUGCAGCCGCUCACUGGUGCCUCCGCCCCCUGCGUGGGGCGGGCGGUACCCACCCAGUGUCCCAUGGGAGAGGACUGAGCCUUGGGGAGAUUGAGGGGCCCCCAGGUCCAAGUAGCUCCAGGUCUGAGGCUCAUUCUGUCUCUUUAUGUGUCCAUCACCUUUGCCCAAGGGUGACACACAGGCGAGGGCUCCUCUGGGAUCAUAGCGAUGGACAGUUCUGGGAGCCAGGGGACGGGGAAGAAGGUGUCCCUUGUCACAAGGUGAAUGCCCGCUGUGACAUCUCACAGGCUUGGUCUAUCCGAGUUCAGCUGAUUUUUGCUGAAGGUGUGGAAGGCAGUUUGUUUAACUGUAUCCUCAGUCCUGCACAAUGUACAUUAUUCCUGAGGCCAAGGGCACGAGGCAGCUACCCAAGAACUGAAAGGCAGUAAAGAGUUUCAGCAUGCCCGGGUUCGAAUCCUGACUCCACCUCUUACAAGUUGUGUUCCCUCAGGCAGUUUCCGUGCAUGCCACAGUCUCUCC